UCAUUUGUGAUUUGUCAGCUGUCAGCCCAGUUCAUUUGUCAGCAAAUAUUGUUGUUUGGUGGUCGGUGAUACCGCUCUAGUCGUUUCUUCUUAUAGAUUUGGAUUGAUUCCAGAGUACUAUGUAAUGCAUUAAAAGUGCCAAUGGCUUACACUGUAAAAAAAAACUAUAUAAUGUAAUAAAAAUAACGACAGAGUGAACAAUAGUGAAUAUUGUGUAAUUCCAAUUGAACUGAAAAAGAAGUAAAAUCAAAAAUGAAUAUUUUAAGGACCCUUGCUAUAUCCUCUUUAUCAAUAUUUUCAGUUUUAUCAGUUUUGAUCUAUCUCAUGGGUAUCCUGAAUUUAUAUUUUAGCGACAGAAAUAAUUAUUGUGGUAUGACUUACAUGUUUGAAUAUCCUCAGUUUGUGAGGUUAUCCGUUCCUGAAAAUAACUAUUAUCCACGAUAUGGGUUGUAUGCAUACAGUGAAGGAAGGUUCACUGAACGAGCCAGAAAGAUGUGGUUUGAUGGAGUCCCUGUAUUGUUCCUGCCUGGAAAUUCAGGUAGUCACAUGCAAGCUCGAUCCUUGGCAUCCGUAGCUCUUCGAAUGUCCAUUUCGAGAGAAACUGAUUAUCACUUUGACUUUUUCACAAUAAGUUUCAAUGAAGAGGUGUCGGCUUUGUAUGGUGGUGUUUUGGGAAAGCAAACAAAAUUUGCAGCGGCAUCGAUAAAUGCAAUUUUAGAUUUGUACAAAGAAAAUCAAUACAGAAAAUCGGUACCUACUUCAGUUAUACUGAUUGGGCAUUCUAUGGGAGGAGUGAUUGCCAAAAGAUUGCUAGCGUGGCCUGGGACUAUAAACAAAACGAACAUAGCUAUUGCUUUAGCAGCACCACUCGAAGCGCCAGUCGUAAACUUUGACUUCAAAAUUAACGACUUCUAUAUGGAUAUGGACCAGGAAUGGAAUGAUAAUGUACGUUUAAAGGAAGAAGUGACAGAAGACAAGUUGCUGCUUAGCUUUGGUGGCGGGCCAAGGGAUGUGUUGGUGCCGUCUGGACUGACUACGGACAAAGAUAGUUACAUCAAUGCUUUGACUACAUCAAUCCCAGGCGUGUGGGUGUCUCCUGACCACGUCGGCAUUGUAUGGUGCAAGCAGCUAGUAAUGGCGAUCAAUAGAUUCCUCUUCUCCAUAGUGAAUCCAUCCACUGAACAGGUCUAUGAAAACAUGGAUUUCGUCAAGUCAAAGGCUAAGAUGUAUUUUGAGAGUAAUCGAUCGAUGAGUUUGAACCCACGCACAGCGCAUGCGAAUGCCACGAUGACCCCGGAUGCAUUUUGGUACGAGGAUAACAGGCGGGUGUAUCAAAUAUUACGCCCUGAAAUCGACAAAAUGACCUAUUUGAUGAUAAGGCUUGUUCAGUUCCCGCAAAAUCGAUUCGUCGCCGUCGAAACAGUGAACACGAGCGAUAGGGAUUGGGUGUUCGGAUGUAACGCUAAAGAUGUGUUCAACACACAUAGAUAUUGCGAGUCUGCAACAUCCCUAUCAGAAUUAAGUCGAUGGACUGGCUCGGUAUCUUCUUUCGGAAAGCGUAAACUAGCGACUAUAAACUUGCAUAGUUUAUCGAAGAUGUAUCCUGAUUGGACACACGUCGUCGUGAAAGUUUCACCAACCCGCAAACCUGUGAUUUUAAAUGUCGACAUAAACGACUAUGCGUCACGUCAGAUAACCGUCGAUUUGUCAUCCCCUCUGAACCUCGGGGAACUGGUCGUAAUACGACAAACGGAACCGGAAAGCUUGUACUAUGAGAUCAUACUGAACGGUUUCAAAAGCAUACAGCAAGCGUAUUUGCUGCACAUCAAACCGACGCCUGACUGUAAAGCCAGCCAGUACCACGUGUCAGCGGAAUUACACGUCCCAUGGGCCAAGAAUAAUGAGGCCUAUCAUUAUUUCACGCACGUAAAAAAAUCCCCGAUGAAGUUGCGACUGUUUAGAAGCAAGGAUAAUUCACAAUUCAACGGUGCUAUUGAUGAACCAGCGAAAGUGACCAUACUCUUGGACCCUCUAUGCACAUUCUCCGUGAGAAUUUCCGUAGCAUGGUACCACCGACUUGCACAAAUUGCUCGUCAUUACACACCAAUUCUCAUCCCUUACAUGGGCGGCAUUCUAUUAUUGGCAUUACGGAACACUUACAUAAAUAUACGUAAGCACGGUGUCGCUUUGCCCGUCCAUAUUGCUCUUACCAGUCGGGUGAUACAUCCACAUUUCUGUGUGUCAGUUAUCACAGUCGCCACUAUGGCGUUGGGGAAAUUAGAACCAUGGGCGCCGUUCUUCGUAACAGCUGGAUGGAUGAAUCGCGAAAUACACGUAUUGUUCGUGGAAACAAUAUCCGUGUUACUGAUCUACAUGGCCGCCCUGGGCAUACUGUACGUCGCCGCCGCUGUCAUACAAAUCAUGUUGAUGUUCUCUUCGCAGGUCACUCAUAAAUUCUUCUUUAGGAUCGUGUCGGCCGGUGCCGUCGGGUUCGCUGAGCGUAUCGCAUCAGGUUUGCAGAAAGUACCUCUGGUAGUGAGCAUUACGCUUAUGAUGGGAGCGACUUUGUCUUGCGGAGGCGCUUCCUUAGUCGCCGGCGCUGCUUUUUACGCUUUUAUGCUGUCGAAAAUGUACGAAGAAUACCUUGAGGAUUACGUUUACAAUAAAAUAGUGAAAUUUGCUUCGCGUAUGUGCUGCCUAUUGGUCAGAUCUAGAAGGUCGCCACGCGAAGACAACAAAGCUUCAGGAACUAACACGACUUCGGAAGCUAAACCAACUUCGGAAGAUAAUCCAGAUUCAGUAACUGAUCCAACUUCAGAUACUUUAGCGAAAGGUGAAAAUGAGACGAAAGCAAUUCAAAGGGCCGAUGGAAAUAAUCAUGGUGGUGGUGACAAUUCCGAUAACAUCCGAACUGAUUGUGAUAAUGACCGCAAUGUCGCUUCGGAGAAUGACGAAGAAUUGAAGGAACAACUAAACAGCCUUAAUUAUCACAUGUUACUGUUCCUCCUGUGGUUAAUGGUCACUAUUAUCAAUCUCCCUGCAUUGAUUACUUGGGCUAGAAAUUUCAAUGAAAACCCGCUACUCAAAUUCGAUACUUCUGGCCUGACCGGCAUGCUAAUGAGCGUUUGCACCGUCUGUCUGUUUCAAAUGAGACCACCAAAGAAGAAUUUGUAUUUCUACAAUCUUGUAAUACACAUGCUACUUAUUAUGGCUAUGAUUGUAUUCAUAUUGGGACCCACGGCAUUGUACGUUGUUAGCCAAGUGAUUACACUCAUAUUCACACUUAUUGCGAGUCAGCAGAUGCUAGACAAAACCGUAGAUGGUGUAUUCAUCGACACUUAUUUCACGGAUAACCGACCACAAGUUACGUAUACUGAUUUGCCUAUAAAUGAUAAUGAACUAGAAAUCAAUGCUGACAAUGAAAACAGAGAUGAUGAUGUAGCCGAGCCCUCAGCUGGAUCGUCAGCAGCUGCAUCGUCAACAGGUGCGUCGUCGUCGACUACGUCAUGCUCCACCGAGACAUCGGCUUCCGCUUCGUCACCAGGCCCUUCAUCAUCUUCUGCGUCAUCACCAUCAGCCGAAUCAACAUCCGCGGCAUCAUCAAACCCAUCACCAUCGACGAGCAACGACCGGGCUUCUAAUCCCGCACUUGACGAAUGCGACGAAAACAGCAUCAUGUAUAAAAUCAAGAUGCUCAAAGAAAAACUAAGCUUUCUUGAACAUACUUAGGCACUAUGGAAAUUGCAGCUGAUACUUAAAUGAGAUAAUGUUUUUUUGUUAAAGUAUUUUUUAAUAUUGUGAAGUACAAAUCUAUAUAUGUGAAGUAAGAAGUACUUCACUCACCCUGCAAGAGAUGAGCUUAUGUUGAGAUUAUUUUCGAUAUAAUUAAGUUUUAAUUGACUUUGUGUCCAAUGUUAAUUUAUUUACUUGAAUUAUUGAUAUGAGAUAUGGUUGUAUUAAUAACCAAAAUUAUUGGUAAUUUUUUACAAAACAAAAUAGUUAUGUUUUAAUAACAAAAAUAAUGUAGGUUUUUGAAAUCUCAAUUUACAUUUUUUUUAUAUUGACUAGUAUGUAAUUUGUAUGUAUUAAGAACCAUAUAAUCAAUAGACCAUAAUCCUUUAUUGGAAAAUUAAUAUUUAUGAGAUUACAGUAGUAUUUCUUAUAUUUAAAUGUAUGACAUACUCAAAUGCAUUUAUUAAUAAACAAUAAUUAAUCAUGAUGAUAAGUGAUGAAUACUAUUAUUACCAAAGAAGUAGCUACUAGGACAUCUGUGCCACAAAGGAUUCAUUGUUUGAUUGAAUGUUCUAUAUUAAUCAAUUUGUUAUAGUUGAUAUAGAUUAUUACAAGGCUGUCAAACCAGGUGGCCGGGAUGCGAAAAUCAGCCAUUACAGGCCAAUUAUAACCAAUUAGGUGGCCGGGGCGCCCAAAUAAGCCUGCUUGCGUCCUAGAGUCACAAACCCCUUGCGAUACUGGUUAGACAGCAAUGAUCUUAAACUUUAGUGUACCAGUUGUACAAUCAUUGAAUUAAUACUACAUAUGCUGAAGCAUUACUAGUUAAUUCAUAAUUUCAAAUCACAUUAAAAAUAAAAUAGGUCCUAAGAUUUUAACUGUCUCCAAUAUCUGUAUUAUGCUGGUAGCUAGAUUGUGAAUAAAUGGUAAUGCAAAUGAAA